AUGAUAAAUGAUUUUUCCAUCGAUGAUUAUGUUAUCAUCAACAAGGUCUUCCUAUCUUCGUUCAUUGCUUUUUUGACAACAUAUCUCAUUGCUGUUGUACAGUUACUUCCUGAACUUGGACAAGUGGCAAACAUAUAUUUUAAAGAUUGUAUCUCGUAA